AUGGAGAGAGGGGACGAAGCUCUCGCUGGGCGGGAAGAGGAGAAAAUUCCAAGCCAUCGUUUCCCUCCGGCAGAACAUGCUAGGAGGAUCUGCUUCAAAGGCUACUACCUUUCGAUCUACAACCAACAAACAGACCACCACGAAGUGCACCAAAAUAACAAAACGCCUACAACCGAAUAUGUGGAAUAUGAGGUUCCAGCUGGAUACACGGUUUACAUAAGAGGCGCAAGCGUAUAUUUCACUAAAUCCUAG